GGGAGGCCAUUUCUCCAUCCGGGUCUCCGGAGCUCACCCUCCGGAGGACACGGCCUGAGGAGGUGACGUCCGUGACGUCAUCGAACGCUGGGCGCUAUUGUGAUGUCAUAGGUGCUAGGGCCGGCCCUUAGCAUUCUGGCCUUGGUUCCACCCUGCGUUCCCACCCAGGGCCGGGGCGUGGCGAUGAAGGGCGGGCGCGAUCUUAAAUCGGGCCCCCGCGGAACAGGUGAGAGCGGUUCUGAUGGGAUGGUAGGUGAGAGGAGGAGCUCUGCCCGAAGGGCUUGGCCCUGGUGAGGGAGCCAGGGAAGGCAUGGGACCGGCAAUGCGGAGGCCUCUGCCUCGCGUGCGCCCCCUGUCCGGGGACUCGUACCUGUCCUCCUGGGGUGGAUGCCAGCCCUUCGCUCCUGCAGACCGCCCCCUGUUUCCAGCCUAUGCCCCGUGCCGCCCUGGGCGCCUCCAGCGCCACCUCCUGAGCGGCGAGUUCGAUCAGCUGCGAGACUUCCCCAUCUUUGAAAGCAACUUCGUGCAGGUGACCCGGUUUGGAGAAGUCGCCAACAAGGUCACCAUGGGGGUGGCAGCCUCUAGUCCAGCUCUGGAGCUGCCAGACCUGCUGUUGCUGGCCGGCCCUGACAAGGAGAGUGGACGCCUGCAGCUCCUCGGGCUGUUCCCCUUGCAAUUCGUGCAGCUGUUUGUGCACGAUGAGAGCCGCCAGCAGCUCAAGGUCAAGUUCCGCACAGGCCGUGCCUUCUACCUGCAGCUGCUAGCACCGCCAGAGACCCUGGACCUCGAGUUCGGCCGCUGGGUGCGAUUGCUCUACCGCCUGCGCUUCCACUCGCCCGCCUGUGCGGUACCCUUCACCCACGAGGACACGGCGCCUGAGGAUGAGGAGGACGAUGACGACUAUGAGGAGGAGGCCAAGGAAGGGCAGUUUCGGCCUCCGGAGGUGAGGGCGGGACAGCGAGCCCUGGGAUGUUGGGCCAGGAAAUAUGGAAAGGGACCAGGUAGGCCUGCUGGACCCUGGACGCCUGGGACUGAGGGAGAAAGGAAGGUUGGGGCCUGGACCUCUGAGUCUGAGGAAGCAGAACCAGACUUGUAUCCCUGGACCUGAGGAGACCCAUUCCUCCUGCUUCUUAGGGGUUCUAAGAAGGCUAUAGUGUCUGCAGCAGAGGAGGAAUGGUGUGGCAUGGUAUUCCUAAGAGAGAGCACAUAGCCCUCCCCAGCCUCUACCUGACACACAUGGGUUCUAGGGAGGGAAGCCUACUCAUUGAAGAGAUGGUCUCUGCCUGGCCACACAUGCCCAGUUCCCAGAAAGGGGAAGAGGAAAGGACAGUUCUGGAACAUGGGGCCUCUUCCCAAGACAUCCACAGCCCCACCUACCCCAAACUCAGCCCUUCAUGCUGGUCAGGCUCUCAGGUGCUCGCUCUCCUUCUUAGCUUCAAGGCACAGAGGCCAGACUGGACCCGCAGGUCUCAGAACUCUGGGGCCUCUGAUUCACAAAAGAUCCUUCCAGAUCGCCAAAGGACAAGAGAUCAAGACAGCUCAGCUCAGAGCCAGAGAGAUGGAUUUUUAAAGUUAAUAAAGAUCAGGCUCUUAAGAACCAACACCCGUCUGCAAGCAUAGCAGAGUAUCAUUAUUAGUGUCAGGGGCUGGCUGGCUCUCAGGGUGGGCCGAUUAUUGGUUGGGCUUUCCCAAUCUUUAUUCUCUCCUUAUUCCUGCACCUCUUGUACCAGGGUAAUUUUUGGAUCACGGGUUUUGUCAGUGGGUUGACUACUAGUCCUUCCUGGCUAGGAGGUAGACACUUCAGUCUUCAUGUCCUCCCCACUCCCGUUAGGAGAACAGCUAGAGUCACAGCUAUGUCCUCCCAACAGGCUGCCCUGUUGCAGGCCUCCAGCUUGACAGAGAGAUGUCCCCUUUUGGUUUCCCUUCCUGUUCCUAGCCCACUCACCUCCCACCUUCCAUUCUCUGCACAUCUGAUCCCCACCCCUUUUUCCCUCCCCAUUCCAUCUCCUGUCCAGUAGUCUGGGCAGCUCCAGCCAGCAGCGGAUCAGAUGCUGGGACUUGCAGCCAAGCAUGGGACUGAGCUCCAAGGGUCCUGUGGAAGUGUUGGGGGAAAGAUGGAAGGACCUGGAGGGGACAGGAACCUCACAAGAAGAC